GAGCUAUCUGCGCUUUACGGACGGGCUUUCUCUAAGUAAGGCAGUACGGGAAACGAUUGCUUGCGCAGACCAACGGUGAAGCAAAGCGUGUUGCGACGCCCCUCGCAAGCAUUGCUUCUAUUCCUACUUUCAUAAUUUAACCGUUAAUGCUUUAUAACCACUCUGCUUGAUAAACCUGGACCGCGGCUUUUGCCUUUGCCAUCCUUUCUCUACAAGCGUACAGAACAAGUCAUUUUUCAUUUAUGUUAACUCCAGUUUGAGAUAGCACUUAUACCAGGGAUGAAAGCAGCGUGAAAAAGGGACGGUGCCGUUUAUGAGCCAGGGUCGCCGCGGAGAGAAGCCGGAGCUGCACUUUCACCCGCAACUGGGCGAGCACAGUGUCAGCACGAGCUAUGCUCAUACGCAGAGAGGUUACGACCGGAAACCUUCACGCCAGGGCACGCGGACCCAAGCAGCGCACGUCGACGCAAUGGGAACCGCCCAACAGCUCAGCAGCUCGCUACGCAGAGUUGAUACACCAGAACAGUCAGGAGGGAGGGAUGCACUAGUCCGCAGCAGCGUAGGCAUUAGGCCAAGCCGUGCCUACGCUGUAGGAGGGCCACCCUUGCCACAACCUCAAGGAGUCCGGCCCUCCAGCCGACCGACGUCCUCCCUCGGUCCUCUCAGUCCUCGACAACAACUCACUACCUCCUACCGCGAUGCAGCGCUCAUCGCGGCCCAGCAUGGCCUGUCAGCAUACGCCCAGUCUGCGGCAGCCACCGCUGCCGCCGCCCGGAACUCGGCCUCCAGGUCAGGCGGCAGCAGCGGCCUUACCUCCUCCCAUGGCGGCCGGCCGCCGCCCCCACCCCGCAGCACACAACAAAGCACCCCAGCGCCAGUUCCCUACCAGCCAGCCGGCUCUGAGCGCCUGCCCAGCCGCAGCGGGCUAGCAGCCGGCCCCGGCCCCAGCAGCCGCCCCCCGAAUCGUUCCAGUCAGCUACCCAGCCGUGGCAGCGCACCUCCAGCAUCCAACCCCGGCGCCUUCCAUCGCACCACCGACGCGCCUGCAGUCACGGUAACCUACAAUGACCUCGCAUGGAGGGGCGCCUUUGGCAGCUUCCAGCACCAUGAGCAUGAGGAUGUCAUGCCGCCAGGCCUGGCGGGGACACAGUCCCUUGGGCCGCCUGCUGCAUCGAGAGGCAUGAGUCCGGGCUGGGGCGGUCCCUCUGCCAGCGCCUAUGAAGCCGAUGGCCGGCCGGGCACGCGCGGUGGGGGUCCACAGUUCGACAUUGACGGGCGUCCCACAACGCGCGGCGGACAGCGGCCACCCUCCCGGGUACAACUGGGACUUGCGCCGCCUCGGCCGCCCAGCCACGUGGCUCCGUUGGGCAACGCCUUUGGCUUACCCACGGUGUUUGCCGCAUCGUUGGGGCAGGACGCGUCGCCCACGAGCACCCUGUCUGGGGGUGGAGCGGCGACGGUGACGGUCAGCGCCAGCGGCGAGGGGUGCGACUUUUGCGGCUCCCUACGUCGCCAGCCGCUGCCGCUGCCGCCAGCCAUGUCUGCCACGUCAACAUGCGGAGCCGGAAGCGGCGGCGGCGGCCGCAGUGGCGGCGGCGCUGGGCCCGAGGGCUGCGGGCCUGGCGGCAGCAGCGGGAGCUUCAGCGCGGGUCUGGGCGGUGGCGCGGGUCUCCUGUCAUGCCUGGCAUCAUCAACAACACCGGGGUCCCUGCAUCCCAGCUCACACAUCCAUUCCUUAAGCCAUCCAGGGCAGGAGGGCCACUUAUGCUUUGAUACCGGCAGCUCCGGGACGACCCCGGGGCGACUCCUGGUUGCCAAGCUCAGCAGCAUAGCGGAGGUCCCGGGGUCGCCGGUGGGAGCGUCACCAGCGGCAGCGGGGGCGCCGUUGGGGAGAGCCUCGACGGAGAAGCUUGACAGCUUGGGCGGUCGCAAGUCGUCUUUCGAGCGGUUGCCGGGCGCUGUUGAUGGCUUGGAGCCCAGGAUUUCGGAGGAGGGCAACGAUGACUCACACGUUUCGAACCUUGACCAGGACGGCAGCAACCGCUGCGGCAGCGGCCGAAUGAGGUCGCGGCGCACCGUGACAGACAGUGACAGCAGCGGCAUUGACCACCGGCAACACGGUGCGCUCGGCGGCGGCAGCCGCUUGGGAGCCGCUGUGGGGCCGCCCUUGCUUGGACCGCCGGCUAUCCGAGAGACUUCAAUAGCUGGAUCACUGCGUUAGCACCAACCAGUGCCUGACAGACCAAGACAAAGCAUGCAAGCUAGCUACGUAUGCCCGCGGUGCCCUUAACAUAAAAGGCGUUGAAGCAACGCCACAUGACUGAUCAGACUUGUCAUUGAUGGAAGCUAGGAGUCGGUGUCGGUGAUAGAUCCAACGCUAGCCGAAAGCUGCAAGUGGGCUAUUUUGCAUGGCCACGGAAUUUAUGGCGUCGAGUCUUUGUCGCGAAGCUGGGUGUGUUGAAAAAUUAUUUCUCUACAUUUUGAGACUUUUGGAUGAUGUAGGCGUUGAUGGACUUCAUUUCGCAUCCAACGGACCUCCGGCAUUGUAACUUUCGCGAUCGCCAAGAGUAAACUGAUAUAGGCAUUGCUUAUAGGUGUCGAUAUACAAUACCAUAUCCAUCCUACAUCAGCCGUCAGCCCAUAGCAGUCGCUAGAAUGGCGAAGAAAACUAAGUCCCCUCCUGCUAAGGCGCCUGCAGCUCCUGCGAAUGUGGAGCCAGAGGUUGCCAAAAAGGUUGUGGAGUUGAAAACCGAGGGAAACAACUCCUUCGCUCGUGGCGACUACCAGAAGGCUCUGACCAUUUACGACGAUGCCAUUAAGCUGCUGCCCGCCAACGCUCCGGAGAGGGCGGACUUCCACAACAAUAAGGCGGCAUGCUUCAUUGGCCAGAAGAGGUACAAGGAGGCCGUCAAGGAGUGCACCUCCGCCCUGGAGGUGGCCCCCAACAGCGUCCGCGCGCUGCAGCGCCGCGCCAAGGCCUACGAGCAGCAGGGCCUCUUCAAGCUCGCCCUCGCCGACAUCUCCACGAUCAACAAGACCGACGCUGCCUCGCCCGAAACCCAGGAGCAGGAGCGCAGGCUGCGCGAGGCCGCCGCCAGGCGCCCCGCCUCCGCCACCGCCGCCGCCGGCGCUGCCAACGGCGCCGCCGGCGCCGCGGCCAGCGGCAGCGGCGCCAGCAAGCUCUCCCAGCUGCAGCAGGGCCUGUACACCGCCAAGUGCUCGCUGGGCGAUGACACCAAGCUCGUCCACCUCAGCCUGGCUCACAACUACGCGGAUGUGUUGACUGCCGUACAGGCCAAGUUCCCGGCCGCCGGCCCCUUCGCACUCAAGUAUGUGGACAAGGCGGGGGAUCUGGUGACCAUCACCUGCAAGGCGGACCUGCAUGUGGCGCUCGGGGAGCUUGUGCAGCAGUACCAGCGGCAGGUGGCUGCGCAGGGCAGCCAUGGGCCCAAGCUGACGGCCUUCCCGCCCCUCAAGCUGCACCUGGCGCCUGUGGCGUCGGCGGCCGAUGUUCCCAAGCCGCCUGUGGAGGAGGAGCUGGAGCGGCAGCAGCUGCUGGCCAUGCAGCGGGGGCAGGGGGCCGACCGCAAGGAGUCUGCCCCCUCCGAGGAGCUGCAUGUUGACAGCUGGCUGCUGGAGUUCGCGCAGCUGUUCAUCCAGCAGACGGGACUGGAGCCGGACAAGCACGUUGAGCUGCACAACAUGGGCUGGGAGGCGGUCACCAAGGCGCUGGACGCCACGGUGCAGGCGGAGGCGGCCGUGCCGCUGUUCGACAAGGCCAAGGACAGCUUCCGGGACGUCACCUGCACGGGACUGACCAGCUGGGGACAGGUUCACCAGCUGCUGGGCAACCGCGCGCUGGAGGCCGCCGCCAAGGCCGGCAAGGGCGCCGCCGAGGUACGGGAGUCCGUGCUGGCCGAGUUCGAGCAGGCGGAGAAGAAGUACAAGGAGGCUCUGUCGUACAACUCCGAGUUCUUCGACGCGCUGUGCAACAUGAGCCAAGUGGAGUUUGACCGCUGCAAGCUGACGGCCGGCCUGAUGCCCAGCGAGCCCAAGCCCGCCGAGGCCGCCGCCGACAAGACCCCCGAGCAGGCCGCCGCCGACACCGCCGACGCCGUCAACGCCGCCAUGCGCGUCGCACUCGCCGCCGUCAACGCCGACGGCGUAACGGCUGCACAGUCGCUCUUCGAGUCGGCUCUCUCCUGGGCCGAGCGCGCCAUUGCCGUCGCGCCCUCCAUGGACGCCCGCCAAAAGGAGGCCCAGGCCAAGGCCGCGGCCGACGCCUCUAGCCAAGGCGCCGCCGGUACGGCAGCCCAGCAGCCUCCCGAGUACGACUUCCGCGCGCAGGCACUGGUGCUCAAGGGCAACUACAUCUACGAAUGGAGCCAGAUGCUAGCGGCGGUGGGUCAGGAGUGGCGGCCGCAGCUGGACGGCGCGGUGGGGUUGUUCCGUGAGGCUGGGUGCCCGGAGAAGGACAUCCGGGUGGCGCUGCGGAACCACUUCAAGGCUGCGGAGCUGGAUAUCCCCGCGGAGGAGCCCGAGGCCGCCCCGGAGGCACCCAAGCAGGAGGAGGACAAGCCGGCGGCCGCCAAGCAGGAGGCCAAGCAGGAGCCGGCUGCUGAGGAGAAGCCCAAGGCCAAGGGGCUCCCCUCCCUGGAGGUGAGGAAGGCCAAGAAGUAAACGGCGGUAGCAAGGGACCGAACUGCGGGGUGAUUGGAAGGAUGGGGGGAGCGGCGGCGGGAGGAGGAGUCCGGGGCUGGUCCUCCGGUGGGAUGGCGGGAAGUGCUGGUGAUGAGCGCCAAAAGCUUCCCUAUUAAGAAUAUGGAUGAUGGUGAUGAUGAUGAUGGGUGCAUUCAAGCGGCUGCGGCGAUUGCUAGCGGGCAGAAGGAAUGUCUAAGGAAGAGAAGGACAGCCAUUCCAAGCGAGGCCAGCUUUUACUUGCAGCAGCACCUGGCUUGUGGUUCCUUGCGGCCUUUGGUGGUUGUCGUUUGCAAUGGCAGCUGGGUCAGGUAGACACGAAGUAAGCUAUGCUGACGUGGAUCGAAAUGGAAAACGGAGUAGGGGGGGGGGGGCAUGCUGGUGCUGCUGGCGGCGCUUCGGCAAGGCAGGGAAUGGCCUCAGGCGCUGGGACCCUCACAGUACAGGUGCAGAGAAAAGUAUCGCUGGCAGCUGCUGGAAGUGCUGUGUGUUAGGUUUGGCAAAGCUAGGACGGUCUUGUGCAUCGGGAAAAGAAGCUUGGAAAAUAGCUUGGAUCUUAUCAAGCUGCAGGCCUUGAACAGAGGCAGGGGCGGUUUCGGGUUUGGUGCGUUUGGUAUGUAAGUGGUUGGUGUUGGUGUGUGGUGUGAAACGAGGACAUGCAAUUCUGUGGAUGACGAACCUUGACUGUCCUGCUGCGGCCUGGCGAAUUUUCCCUUGUUGACGCCUGGCGGAUUGACUGUGCAGUACCUGAAAACGUUUGCGCAGGCUUCGGGCAAGCGCUUUUGAACCUGCACACAAAGGUUGACCGUGUUGCCGGUAUGUGUCCCAGUGGGUGCUGGCGCGCCGCGUUCAAUGCCCCCAUCGGAAAUCCUUU